UGGAAUCAGAGGCUCUUGGCUCUCCUGUCUGCUAAUUGACAGACUCUGAACUCUGCAGUGUGCGUGUACCAGCUGCCUCCAGGCCAACUACACGUGUGAGACAGAUGGGGCCUGCAUGGUUUCCAUUUUCAACCUGGAUGGGAUGGAGCACCACGUGCGCACCUGCAUCCCCAAAGUGGAGCUGGUCCCCGCUGGGAAGCCCUUCUACUGUCUGAGCUCCGAGGAUCUCCGCAACACCCACUGCUGCUAUACCGACUUCUGCAACAAGAUCGACCUGAGGGUGCCCAGUGGUCACCUCAAGGAGUCUGAGCACCCUUCCAUGUGGGGCCCCGUGGAGCUGGUAGGCAUUAUUGCUGGCCCAGUGUUCCUCCUGUUUCUCAUCAUCAUCAUUGUUUUCCUUGUCAUUAACUAUCAUCAGCGUGUCUAUCACAACCGCCAGAGACUGGACAUGGAAGAUCCCUCAUGUGAGAUGUGUCUCUCCAAAGACAAGACGCUCCAGGAUCUUGUCUACGAUCUCUCCACAUCGGGGUCUGGCUCAGGGUUGCCCCUUUUUGUCCAGCGCACAGUGGCCCGAACCAUCGUUUUGCAGGAGAUUAUUGGCAAGGGCCGGUUUGGGGAAGUGUGGCGUGGCCGCUGGAGGGGUGGGGACGUGGCUGUGAAGAUUUUCUCUUCUCGUGAAGAACGGUCUUGGUUCCGGGAAGCAGAGAUCUACCAGACGGUCAUGCUGCGCCACGAGAACAUCCUUGGAUUUAUUGCUGCUGACAAUAAAGAUAAUGGCACCUGGACACAGCUGUGGCUCGUCUCAGACUACCAUGAGCAUGGCUCCCUGUUUGAUUAUCUUAACCGAUACACGGUGACGAUCGAGGGGAUGAUUAAGCUGGCCUUGUCUGCGGCUAGCGGGCUAGCACACCUGCACAUGGAGAUUGUAGGUACCCAAGGGAAGCCUGGAAUUGCUCAUCGAGACUUAAAAUCAAAGAACAUCCUGGUGAAGAAAAAUGGCAUGUGCGCCAUUGCAGACCUGGGCCUGGCUGUCCGCCAUGAUGCGGUCACGGACACCAUCGACAUCGCCCCAAAUCAGAGGGUGGGGACCAAGCGAUACAUGGCCCCCGAAGUGCUCGAUGAAACCAUUAACAUGAAGCACUUCGACUCCUUCAAAUGUGCUGAUAUCUAUGCCCUCGGGCUUGUAUACUGGGAGAUUGCUCGAAGAUGCAAUUCCGGAGGUACCUUUCUCUUUUGCCUUCUCUUGCUCCUACCUCCCAGUGCAGGUUGUUGGGUCACGUCAGGGUGCUCACCCGAGGGUGCUGGUGUUUCCUUGCCUCCUUUCUCUUUACAACCUGUUGGGUGUCUAGUGCCAGAACCCAUCACACUUAGGGUUCUCAUCAAAGAUGAGGGAAUCCUGGAGGUGGUUGUACUAAAGGUGUGUUGAUUCUGUUGAAUAGUGCUUUUUUAAAAAUUUUAUUUAUUUUUUUAAAUUAUUUUUAUUUA